UUGUAAAUUAAUCAAACAAAUCUCAAGAUAUAUGCUGUAUCUACUAGUUGUGCAUCCUGCAAUGGUAUCAAUUGGAUUGGCUCAGACUAGCUUUCAGGACAUAAGUGCUGUAGUUAGGGAUAUAGCUUCACCGGCAAGAGGAAAAGGCGAUAAACGAGGCCGGAAGAGGAAUAUUGAUAAAACCGCAGCAUCCAAAAGAUUGGCUGACUCCUGUUUUUUGGGAUUGGAAGGAGUCUUAGGGGAGGCAUUGGAGCAUAUUCAGAAGAUGACACAUGAAGAAAAGGAUUUGGCGGAGAAAUGGAACAAAAUUGGUUGCAUUUGGCUGGAAAUACUUGCUUUUACAGCAAGUAAGUGUAAAGGGAGACAGCAUGGGCAACAGCUUAGAAGUGGUGGAGAGUUUCUAACUCAUGUAUGGCUUCUCAUGGCACACUUUGGCUUAACCGAUCACUUUCUACAGCCAAAUAAACAAGAAAUAGUUAGGCUCAUUGCCAAAUAAUUAAUCAACCAAGUGCCCUCAAAAAUAUUUCUUAGUUGUUUUUACUUCAUCGAUCACCAGAGACCUUUCUGUAAUCAUCCAAAUAAAUUUAACUA